AUGUCUGCCCAUCCUCGAUACUACUACUCGCUCCCCACUGAGGCGCCCCAACGGUCCCGAUCGGGUAGCAGGCGACCACCUCUAACUCCAUCAACUGUUUCUUCGCCAUGCCUCACAACUCUCGCGCCCACUACCUGCCGACGGGACUCGGCAACGUCGGGCAGCCCACACAAGGCAUCCAUCCUUCUGGCAAAGGUCGCCUCGUCACCCACUACCCCACGUGGAGAGACACCACCCGGAAGCCCCAUGCUUGCCCCACGCUCCAGGUUGAACUCGGAGCCAGCCUACUCUGCCGAGAGGCCUGCCAUGUCGAGAACUGAGAGUGACCGUUACGUCAGACAGUACAGGCAGCAGGACGGCUACAUCAGCUUCCCUGACUUUGAGAAAUUCUGCCAGAACCAGGACGUAUAUGGCCAGCAAGAACAGUCCACUGUCAAGACUUGA